CGAUGAUCUGCUUUUGAAAAGAGGUACCAAGUAUUGGCGUAUUAUAUUGAUAAUCCAAUAGAUCAGGGGUUUGUAUAGCGUUGGUCUUUUGAGUGAAAAAAAUACUGGAUCAGUAUCUGGCUCAUAAUGGCGGGUUACUCUUCACCUUAUCAAAGUUCAAAUGGCACGAGGUCACCUCCAGUGCCUCCAAAGCACUCAGAUACAGGCAACUUCAGAGUUGUUAGUUCCUUUUUUGACACACCGUACGACGUUGCGAAGAAAAGGCAAUCACAAUUCAUGACCCCACAGUUUGAGCACCACCAGCCUCUGUUAGAUCUGGAUGAGAUAAUAGAUUACGUCCCACUGACCACCACUACUAAGGCGUCGUCCGAUUAUAAAGUCAAGCUUGUUGUUGUUGGUGAUGGUGGCUGUGGUAAGACAUGUUUGCUCAUAUCAUAUGCACGUGGUGAAUUUCCAGAGACGUACGUUCCAACGAUCUUUGAGAACUAUAUCAGCCAGGUUCGAGGAUCUCAUGGCAAAGUUGUCGAGCUCUCACUAUGGGAUACCGCAGGUCAAGAGGAGUACGAUCGUCUAAGACCUUUGAGUUAUCCUGAUACGAAUGUCGUUAUCAUCUGUUAUUCUGUGAAUAACAAGAUCAGUUUACAAAACGUGAGGGAGAAAUGGGCACCAGAAGUGAAGAUGUUCUGCGAGGAUGUUCCCUUCAUUCUUGUCGGUACAAAGCUCGAUCUCUUAGGCAAUUCUUCAGAGGAGGUUGAUUUUGAAGAAGCUGAAGCCCUAGCGAAAGAAAUUGGUGCUGUAAAGCAUCUCAGAUGCUCUGCAAAGACCACUAAGAAUAUAAGAAAGGUGUUCAACACUGCAUUGGCAAUCUCACAGAAUGACAUUGAACAACCUCCACAGUUCAGGUUUGGGUUCAAGAGAAUGAAGGAUAAUUUUAGACAAACAUUCAAGUCUCGAGAUCACGACAGUCAAAUGUAUAACGAAUAUAGCUCCAAGACAACAACAACGACGUCGGCCUCUGGAUCACGUGGUAAGAAGAAGGGGUUGAGGUCAAAGGGCAAAAAAUGUGUUAUACUUUAAUACUAGUAAUUAAUCGUAAUUGUAAUAAUAUUCUCAAGUCAAA